UUAAAAAGCAGCGGUGUUCCGAAAGCAUUCAGCAAAACAACCCAACAAUGGAAACAGAACCAUCAAAUCAUCCACCGCCUAUUCCUUCCGACAACCCCAUAAUCUCCGGCGAAUCAUCACCGGAAACCGACCUUACGCUCUCUCCUCCUCCACCACAGUCCCACAUUACCACCACCGGCCCCCAAAACAACAACACUCUCACCGACUCUCAAGACGAUUCCUCCGACCCACCUCCCAACCAACAACCCAAUAACCCCAAUUCAACCGCCCCUACCGCUCCUCCUCCGCCAAAACGCCGACGCCGCAGAAAAAAACGCUUCUUCACCGAAAUCAACGUAAACCCUUCGUUCCGCCGCCACAGAAUAGCCGGAGGGUUAUCCAAAGAAGUUGACGUUGAAGCACUAAUCGCCAUCUCCGUCGGAUUUCCCGUCGAUUCUCUAACCGAAGAAGAAAUCGAAGCGAAUGUCGUGUCAACAAUUGGUAGCACCGAACAAUCGAAUUACAUAGUAGUUAGAAAUCACAUUCUCUCCCGCUGGAGAUCAAAUGUGAACGUGUGGCUGACGCGCGAGCACGCGCUCGAGGAAAUUCGCGCUGAGCAUAAGAUUUUGGUGGACUCUGCUUAUGAUUUUUUACUAGAACAUGGUUAUAUUAAUUUUGGUAUUGUACAAAAACUUAAUGUGUGUGCAGCUGAGAAACCAAAUGUAGUUGUUGUUGGUGCUGGUUUUGCUGGAUUAGUUGCGGCUAGGCAACUACUCGGUAUGGGUUUUAAGGUUGUUGUUUUGGAGGGGAGAGCGCGGGCUGGCGGUCGUGUUAAGACGAUGCAAAUGAAGGGCGACGGAGUGGUGGCUGCAGCUGAUUUAGGUGGGAGUGUGCUGACCGGGAUUAACGGGAAUCCCCUUGGCGUUCUUGCUAGGCAGAUGGGUUUACCUCUUCAUAAGGUAAGAGAUAAUUGCCCUUUGUAUUUACCUGAUGGAAAAGCUAUAGAUAAAGAGAUUGAUUCUAGUGUAGAGGUUUCUUUUAAUAAGUUGUUAGAUAGGGUUUGUAAGCUUAGGCAGGCUAUGAUUGAGGAGGUUAAAUCCGUUGAUGUUAACUUAGGGACCGCUCUUGAAGCAUUUAGGCAUGCACAUAAAGUGGCUGACAAUCCACAGGAGAGAAUGCUGUUGAAUUGGCAUCUUGCGAAUUUAGAAUAUGCGAAUGCGUCGUUAAUGUCUAAUUUAUCUAUGGCUUAUUGGGAUCAGGAUGAUCCUUAUGAGAUGGGUGGUGAUCAUUGUUUUAUUCCCGGUGGUAAUGAUACUUUUGUUAGAGAGAUCGCUAAGGACCUCCCUAUUUUUUAUGAGAGGACUGUGGAGAGUAUUAGAUAUGGAUGUGAUGGGGUUAUUGUUUAUGCAAAUGGGCAGGAGUUUCGUGGUGAUAUGGUGCUUUGUACUGUGCCAUUAGGUGUGCUUAAAACGGGAUCGAUUGAAUUUAACCCUGAUCUUCCACAAAGAAAGAAAGAUGCGAUUCAGCGAUUAGGAUAUGGCCUAUUAAAUAAGGUGGUAUUGUUGUUUCCCUAUAAUUUUUGGGGUGGAGAAAUUGAUACAUUUGGGCAUUUGACUGAAGAUUCAAGUAUGAGAGGUGAAUUCUUCCUGUUUUACAGUUAUUCUUCUGUUUCAGGGGGUCCACUUCUAAUUGCUCUUGUUGCUGGAGAAGCUGCAGUUAAGUUUGAGACGAAGUCUCCAGUUGAAUCUGUUAAAAGAGUACUCCAGAUUUUGCGUGGUAUUUUUCAUCCUAAAGGGAUUGUUGUUCCAGACCCGGUUCAGGCAGUGUGUACACGCUGGGGGAAAGAUUGCUUCACAUAUGGGUCCUACUCUUAUGUUGCAGUCGGGUCUUCCGGAGAUGAUUAUGAUAUUCUCGCCGAGAGUGUCGGAGAUGGAAGAGUAUUCUUUGCGGGAGAGGCAACAAAUAAACAGUAUCCAGCAACGAUGCAUGGAGCAUUUCUAAGUGGGAUGAGAGAAGCGGCUAACAUAUUAAGAGAGGCCAAGAAGAGGUCGUUGGCUCUCACUGACAAGGAAUAUAAUGACAUGGAGGAAAAUGACGACUUGACUAAACUUUACAAAACCCCUGAUUUGACAUUUGGAAACUUCUCUAUUUUGUUUGAUCCGAGGACAAAUGAUGUAGAUUCUCUGUCAUUGUUGAGGGUCAAAUUCGAAGGUCCGAAGUUGGAUUCUAGCUUUCUGUGUCUCUAUGGUUUAAUUUCCAGGAAGCAGGCCAUGGAGCUGAGUAAAUUAGAAGAUGAUAGCAAGAGGUUGGAGACAUUGUAUCUCAACUUUCAAGUAAAGCUGGUUGGAAUGAAAGGUUUAUCUCAGUUUGGGGACGAUCUACUUAAACACAUCAAGGCUGCGCGUGCCUAAAUGUCAGGCUCUGAGAUUAACACAUGCAUUUGGAAUAUAAGGUCUCCUGUUAUCAUUUUGUGAUUGAAGGAAAACUUACUAAAUUAUUACAACUUCGAGUUUCUUUCCAGUGGAGCUGAAUUGAUCCAUCUGGAUCUAAUUAUGUGGGCAGUAGUUCAGGUAUUUCUGAAUUGAAUAGAAGUCAAUUAUGCAUAAGCUGGUUUCGGUUUUCGAUACAUUGCAUCUUGAUAUUUGUUCUGGAUUGUAAUCAGAACAUCGACUCGACUUGACUAGGAAUUAGUGUAGGAUAUUGCAGUAGUUCUUCAAUUGCUUUCAAAUAUACCAAAAAGACUGGAGCUGAUUUUAUUUCAGUGAAGUCUGUACAUAUUAGGCCUUUUUUUUCUUCGAAAUGGCUACAUUUGGCUUCUUGAUUCAAUGCAUAGAGGAAAUCUAGGACCCUUUUCACUUAUCCUAUUAAGUUAAAAUUUCUGUCCUAAAUGUGAAUUUUUUCGUUCAGAUAGUUUAAGAAUGUCUGAUGUAUGAUAUGGAAGAUAUGAUAAAAAGAAAAAAAGCACAAAGGCAAAAGCUUUCUGCACUA